AGCAAGAGAUUCUGUAGGAAGGCAGAGGCCUGCGUGGCUGGUGGCCAGGGGGCAGCGGAUCAGGACACGGACCCUACGGACACAGGAAAAACGCUGCUCAGAGUUUGCAGGUCACGGGCAGACACACAGCUGAGGCCAGUGACGACUCGCUCGCAGAGGGAGUUGGAGAGCCUGGCAGAGGAGGAGUGUGUGGAGACAGGUUCUAGCGACGCACCUGCUGCAACCUCUGAGGAGAAAACCAGUGACUGGGCAACAGGGAAAAAUCGAGGCGAUCCGGUUAGCCGGGAUUUUAACUCCGCUGACGCGAAUGCCAGCGUCUUGCAGCCGCGCGACAGGGAAAGCUUCACAGCUGUUAAAAUGCCACCAGGUAUUUAAGAGUCUAUCCCACGAACACAAGUGGAUAGGAGGAAAACGAGUCCAUAUUUUUCAAGUAAAUACAGUAAAGAAGCUCCCAGCCCACCUAGAAGGAAGGCCCUCAGAAAAUGGACUCCUCCACGUUCUCCUUUUAACUUGAUCCAAGAAACCCUUUUCCAUGAUCCAUGGAAACUUCUCAUUGCAACCAUAUUUCUCAAUAAAACUUCAGGUAAAAUGGCAAUUCCUGUGCUCUGGGAGUUCCUGAAGAAGUAUCCUUCUCCUGAAAUCACCAGGAAUGCAGACUGGAAAGAAAUGUCAGAGCUGCUCAAACCUCUCGGCCUCUACGAACUCAGAGCGAAAACUAUCAUCAAGUUCUCAGGUGAGUACCUGAGCAAGCAGUGGAAGUACCCGAUCGAGCUGCACGGCAUCGGCAAGUACGGGAACGACUCCUACAGAAUCUUCUGUGUCAACGAGUGGAAGGAG